AUUAUUAACUCAUUUGUGAAUUCAUAUAAUGUUUAAAUUAUUUUUCCUCUAUUAUCAUUCGUUGGAUAAUUAAGAAAAUAUGAGUCAAUUAUCAGAUGAUGAAAGCUCUGAUAGUAGUAAUGAAUUUUUAAUACCUGCUGAUCAAAUUGACUUAGAUUCAUCAUUUUUUAAACAAUCAGUGACGAACUCUAACCUAAAUAAAAAUACGAUCGUAGAAGAAAGUUCGGAGGAUUCCGAUGAUUCCGAUGAGUUUGAUUUCACAAAUGACAAAACUAUCGAUUAUCUUUCUCAUAUAUUAAAAAAUCUUGAAAAUACAAAAAAUCAAACUCAUGAGGAUGUAGCGAACCAAUUAGAACCAUCAACAUCCAAGAUCAACAAUCAAGAAUCAACGGAUUGCAAAAAAGAUUUAGCCAACGAAAUUACUAAUCUCCUUUUACAAGGAGAAAGUAAAGUUACCCUAUCUAAUCAAAAUGAUGAUGCUGAAGAUUCUAAAACAGAGACUAAAGAAAUUUAUACAAUUCCGCAGAAAGGUGUUCAAAUUCAUCUUCCAGGAGAAAACUUUUUAUUUGAUAAAAAGAGAAAAAAAGAAGAGGAUUUACAAAAAUUAUUACAGAAUAAAUUUAAUCAGAGAAUAAGAAGCUCUCAAAUACUCAUUCACAAGAGUGGAUUACUUUGUUGGUUGUCACAUGGAUUUUUUCUCAAUGGAUUGGCUAAUGAUCCCGAGCUACUAAAAACCACUUUAUCCGAAGUAUCGUCGCAUAAUUAUCCAAAAAAUCGGCCAGACUUAAUGUAUGUCGAAAAAUUUACAAAAUGGUUUGCAGGAAUAUUUCAAAUUUGCGAAAAAUAUAAAGAAGUAACUUAUACCAAAAACUUAUUAUUGCAAAGAAUUUCAGAAAAAAAAAUUUAUAAUUACAAAGAAUUAAUUUUAUUAUAUAUUGCUACCAUUAGAGGAAUGGGUAUCAAUUGUCGUUUGGUAAUUUCACUACAACCACCACCAUUGAAACCAAAACCUGAACAGUUGUUUAAAUUUACAAUAGUUGAAGACAAUAAACCAAAUGCCAAAUUAAUAAAACAAGAAAAAACUGUUGACAAAAUAAAUGAAAAAAUUAGUACUACAAAAAAAAUAAUACCUAAUACUAAUGUAAGGAAAAGCAGAAGCGAUAAAAUUCUACAUAAAUCAGAAGAACGGUUGACAUCUCCAAAAAAAAUGAUUCCUGAAAAUAGUAGCGAAGCGACUAGAAUUAUGAACUUAAAAACUAGGAAGCAAGCAGCGAUUACCUUAAAAAAAAAAGCACCUACGAAAAAUAAGUUAAAAAAAGAUGAUCAUUUAAAAGAUAUAAAAAUUGAAAAUAAUAGUAGCAAAGAUACUGAUAGUAUUCAAGAUGAAUGUAAUUUGACAAUAGCAGAAAAAUUAUCUUUGAGUAUUAGUAAAAGUAAAAAACAAGAUAUUACUAAUACUAGUAUUUCAAAUAAUCAAAGACAAACAAGAAGUAAAUCAAAAGAUAUUAAAUCUUUAGAAAAUAUAAAAUGUAGAUCGUCUUUGAAUGAAAAUUUGUCUGAUGAAUCGAAUGAAUUUUCAACGGAUGAUGAUUAUAUUGAAACAAAACCUAAGAAAAGAGUACUAACUAGGGCCAACGAAAAACCUAAGAAAAGACCAGCAAAUAGAAUUAAUGAAAAACAGACCAUAUCAUCUAAGCUUGCUGGUAAAGAGAAUAAGAAUCGUAAAUUGCUAUCUUCGGAUGAAGAUGAUAAUACUGUAAAUAAAACCAGAUAUAAUAUUUGGGUAGAAGUUUAUGUUGAAUCCGAGGAAAGCUGGAUCAGUGUUAAUGUUUUAGAUAAGCAAAUUCAUUGUGCUUCUGAGAUAUACAAAAAAGCUGACCACCCUGUUUUAUAUAUAGUAGCUUGGAAUUCCGAUGGAACAUUAAAAGACGUUACUAGACGUUACUGUCCACAUUGGUUAACGGACACUCGAAAGAAACGAGUCGAUGAAAAAUGGUGGAGUGAAACAUUGUUGAAUUGGAAAGAAAGGAAGACUGUUAUGUCUAAAACAGAAGACGAGCAACUGCUGCAAAGAGAAUUAGAACAACCUCUUCCCAAAACAGUUACAGAAUGCAAAGGCCAUCCUCUAUAUGCCCUAACUAGACAUUUAUUAAAAUUCGAAGCUCUCUAUCCACCCGAUGCUGUGCCAUUAGGUCAUUUAAAAACUGGUGAUGCAAUUUACUCUCGCCACUGUGUACAUACUUUGUAUUCUAGAGAAACUUGGAUUAAAAGAGCUCGAGUGGUUAAACCAGCUCAAGAAGCUUAUAAAAUUGUGAAAUCUAUGCCAAAAUAUGAUAAGCUUUCAGGGAUGAAGAUAAAAGAUCAACCUUUAGAAUUGUUUGGCAAAUGGCAAACUACUCCCUAUAUACCUCCAGAGGCAAAGGACGGUAAAGUACCACGAAAUGAAUAUGGAAAUGUUGAUUUGUUUAAAAAGUGUAUGCUUCCAAAAGGAACGGUACAUAUAAAUCUGCCAGCACUAAAUCGCAUUGCCCGUAAAUUAAAUAUAGAUUGCGCAUCAGCUUGCGUUGGUUUUAAUUUUGGAUGUAGAGGUGCUGUACCUGCUUUUGAGGGCUUUGUAGUCUGUGAGGAAUAUGAAGACACUUUACGCGAAGCCUGGGAAGAGGAACAAAUAGAAGCUCAAAAACGAGCUCAAGCUAAACGUGAUAAAAGAAUUUACGGCAAUUGGAAGAAGCUUAUUAAAAGCUUAAUUAUUCGAGAAAGACUCGCUACAAAGUAUAAUUUUGGAGGAGAAGAGGACGAAGUGGAAAAUCAGGAUAAAGAAAAGGUUAAAACUAAAGCAAUCAAAGUGGUUAAGACAUCAAAAAGAGGAAAGCAAGAUAAUAAUAGUAGAAAAAAAGUAAAACAUAAUUCUAAAUAAAAUCUUUCUUACAAUAAUAUAUUUCUAUUUAUAAAGUUAUUAAAU